AUGGCAACAGCGUCCUUUUACAUCCCGGUUCUAAAACAAGUGAAGAUUUCCUUCCGGUCCUUUCGAUCUAAGCUGCCGAACAUUGAGGGAGAACGCGAGGAGACAGCGGUCACAGAAACAGAAUCUGUUGUAACCUCAAAAUCUGAAGAGAUAGAAAUGAAGGUCAUGGGGGUCAAUGAUGCUUCAAAUGCUUCAAGAAUUCAACUUCCCCAUGCGAAUUCCUCAGAAGCUGAUAUUGUGCAAACCAAUGCCUCAUCCUCCGAGACCUUAAAUUCUACAACUCCAAGAGGCCAAGAUAAACCAGGAGAUAAAAAUAAUACCGAAAGCAAAGGGGGAGCCAAACCAAAACAAGGCUCUGUACAGAGGAGACUGACCGUGAUGUUUUUCGUCCUUAUCCUGGCGUACAUAAUAUCGUACAUUCCUCCCCUUGUGUUUUUGAUAUUAACGUACAGCAUUGAAGACUUUAAUUUUAUUACGCUGUCGAAAACAGAAGCCCUGGCUGCAAAGGUUUACAAGUUUCAUUAUCACUGUUCAAAGCAGUUGCCAUUGGAAAAUCUACAGUGGAACUAA